AAUGAUCAGACAGUGUGGCAGGUGAUUUGCAGCAGAGCUUCCAAGGAUGAGUCUGUAUCUCGACAACAUCGUAUCUUCUCUACAGAGAAGUGGGACACUUACCAAUUCUUUGAUUGCAGGUUUGACUAUUGGUAUACAACAACUGUUCUCCGCUUAUACUUUCAGAUGUCCCUGUCAGGUUGGGAGAAAUUUUUAUUAUGGUUCAGCUUUUCUUGUUGUUCCUGCCUUGAUCCUCCUGGUUGUUGGCUAUUCUCUGAGAGGCCAAAUGUGGACAUUUGCCAGUGACUACUGCUGCAGCUGUAGCCUUCCACGACGGACACUCAGCCCCCUGGAGCGCAGACUGGCUUGCCUUAGAUUCCUCAGCAUCAGUGGGAGGGCCCUUGUUGCUCCACUGACCUGGCUGGCAGUGACCCUGCUGAAAGGCACCUACUAUGAAUGUGCAGCAAGUGAGUUCACGUCUGUGGACCAUUACCCAGUGUUCGAUAACAUCACUGCCAGCAAACGAGAAGAACUGCUAGCUGGAUUCCCAUGUGACAGACCAUUGGCUUCUUCUGACAUGAUCCUAGCAAGAGAGGAUGUAUCUCUUCUACACAGGUACCAGUCACAAAUGCUGGGCUGGAUUUUGAUUGUCUUGGCGACCACUGUUAUCUUGGUGUCCUGCUGUCUGGCAAGGUGCUGCUCCCCCUUCACCUCUCUGCAGCAUCACUACUGGACGCGCCACCUAGAAAACGAGAGAGAGCUCUUUGAACAAGCAGCUGAGGAGCACUCCCGGCUCCUCAUCCGGCAGCGCAUAAAGAAGUUAUUUGGCUUCAUUCCUGGGAGCGAAGACAUUGAGCAGAUCCGCAUCCCUUCAUGUCAGGACUGGAGAGAGAUCUCAGUGCCCAGCCUCCUGUGCAUGGGUAAUAACACAAAAGGUCUCUAUCGCUCCCUUGGAGACAGGGUGGGUGAAGACCAUGAGGAAGAGAAAGUAGGAGACAUUGAACUAAAACCCUGAUAACAUCACCUUUCACAGUUCAAGCUGCUUAACAGGUACUUGAUACAAUGACGGGGUUUUAAGGGAAUUUUUAGUUUUUUCUAUUUUUGAUAUUUGUUUUAAGAAGCCUAUCUGAAUCAUUAAUCCCAUAGUCAAUUUAUCUGACAAUCAUGGCAAUCUAUCUUUUUGGAAUUUCAUGAUGGUGUAAAAUGCCUAUAGUGUUACAUUGGUCUAAUAAAAACAAACAAACAAACCAAACCAAGCUACCCCUUGGAGUUGUGCUUUUUGAGUUUUUCACAUAUUCUAGAUAUUAUUCUUCUAAUACCUAACAUAUAGCAUCUAAAAUAUAUGAAAAACUCAAAAAGUUGAACUUCUCAAAAUAAAAGAUUCAAUAAAACAAUGAGCAAUCAAAUCGACAGACACUUCUCAGAGGGAGAAGUACAUUUGACCAAAAAGUACAUGAAACAAUGUUCCAUAUUUCUGAGCAAUAGACAAAUGCAAAUCAAAACAACACUGAGAUUCCACGUUACAUGACUGGCUAUCAUCAAGAACUCAAAAACCAACAAAUCCUGGUAAGGCUGGAGGGAAAAGGAAACCUGUCUUGGUUACUUUUCUUGUUGCCGAGACAAAGCACCUAACACACCAAGUUAAAGGAGGAAAGGUUUACUUAGCUCACAGUUUGCAGAGGUUCUAGUUCAUAGUUGGGUGACUCCAAGGCAGGGUGGCAUGGCAGAAGGGCAACAAUUCAUGGCAGACAGAAGGCAGCAAAGCCAUAAGGGAGGGAGACAAACCUCUUUCUGUCCCUUUUAUUGCAUGCAGCCCACCAGGAUUAAGGUGGUACCAAACCAGGCAGUGGACUGAUUUACUAAUCACAUGGCCUCAAUUCCAGCACUACACACUCUAGAUUCAACCACCUCUGAAAAAGCCCCACCCAUGACAGAAAGAGGUGCUGGGGUACAUUUAGAUAAUAGAACCCUUCUACAUUGUUGGUGGGAAUGUCAACUAGUACAACCACUACAGAAAUCUGUAUGACGAUGCCCCAAAAAACUAAAAUUAGAAAUUGUAUUUGAUCCAGCUAUAUCUCUUUUGUGAUAUCUUCCAGAAAAAGUCAGACACCAUGUAACAAUGAUACAUGCAUACUCAAAUUUAUACUACCACUGUUCAUAAUAGCUAAAUUUGGAAGUGACAUGUCCAUCAACAGAAAAUUGUAUAAAGAAAAUCUGUAUAUAUACACAAUGGAGUACUACUCAGCUGUAAAGAAAGAGAAAUCUGUCAUCUGCAGUAAAAUUGAAUGAGACUUUAGACCCUAAUUUUAAGUAAACUAGAUGAAGAAGGUUAAAUAUCACAGUUACUCUUUUAAAGGAAGCCCAAAGCACAAAUAAUUUAAAGAGUACAAAAUAAAAUAGAGAUAGAUGAUAGGAAUCAGGGAGGUAGAUUUUGUGGAGCUCAGAAGGUCUGUAGGAUGAGAGAGAGGAAAAGAAUGGAGGGGGGAAGUGUAAGUAAAAACUAUUUAAGAUGUACUAUGUAUAUGCAUCAAUUCCCCAAGAUGUAAUUAUUAUCUAUCACAUAACUAUAAAGAAAAAAUAUGAGAUCUUUUCUUCUUAGCUUGCAUCUUAGUUCUGUGACUUAGUAGCUGUGUGAAAACUAAUAUUUAAUAAAA